AUGAACGGAUCUGGAAGCCACGAUGUCGACAUGGACGUUGACCGAAAUGGAAGCCCUGCUGUUGUCGCGAGCAACACCAGGUUUGGGAGUGCUCCUCAGCGAGGGGACACUAGGAUCGUCGUUAUCAUGUUUGGUUCUGGUCAGGACAAGAUCGUCUCAGUCUUUGCCGAUGUUCUGGGCAAACCGUUCGCUAUUCGUUCUUCCUUCAAGGAGGUCAGCGCUGCGGAUCAUGGACUUGUCAUUGGCAUGCCGGCGGAGCUUGCAAAGAGCGACAUCACCUCGAGGAAUAAGGAGGUCGUUGUGGUCAUCAACGCCCACUGUGUCAAUCUUGGCAUGCCGCCAGACAUCUUCCUUUCGGCCGAGUGUGACUACGAGUUUCUGUACAGCGAAGCCCCUUUCUUCCGCCGGGACCUAGCAAGAUUCAUCUCCUUCACCUUGGGACAAAUCAGCCACCACGAGACAUUGAUGUCAAAACCAAGGACAUACUUCAUCUCUACGACGUUUCCCGACGUCAGUGCGGCAUUGCCGAACAUCGAUAUUCUCACGGUUGGUGCAGAUGCUGUGGAAAUUCGUGUCGAUCUUCUCAAGGAACCACUUGGUGACGGUACCUAUUCUGCUGUCCCUAGCUUGAGCUACGUGGGAGAGCAACUCAUGCUUCUACGCCAGCGAACGGAGCUUCCCAUCAUCUUCACGACAAGAUGUACCAGAGAAAACGGACGAUUCCCGAUGGAGAACCCUGAUGUCUACUACGAGUAUCUGUAUCGUGCCAUUCAGUGGGGCGUCGAAUACAUUGACGUGGAACUAUGGCUGCCCGAGGCCAUCCGCAAGAAACUCUGGGAACAGAAAGGUAGCAGCCAUAUCAUGUCCGCUUUCCACGACUUCUCCGGUACUUUCAAAUGGCCUUCAUCGCAUGCAGAGCAAGUGUAUGUGGAAUCAAGCAAAUAUGCCGACAUUAUCAAGAUGAUUGCCAUCAUCAACGACCAUAAUGAAAACUUCGAGUUGGAAUACUUCCGCUCAAAGAUGAGGGCAGACUACCCAGACUCGCCGCCUUUCUCGGGAGUCAAUAUGGGAGAGACGGGACAGUUCUCUCGCACGUUGAACAGAGUCUUCACUCCCAUCACGCAUCCCUUGCUACCCAUUGUGGCAGCCCCGGGACAGAUGAGCGCCUCUGAAAUCAACGCGGCCUUGGCCCUUUUGGGACAACUUCCUAAGAAGAGCAUAUACGGGAUCACCACGCCAGCGUUCCGAAGCUCGACUCCCCAGGCCCCCUUUUACGAAAAGUGCUUCAACGAGCUUGGCCUUCCCCAUUACUUUGCUGUUGUGGAGCGUCUUCCCAACAACUUCCAGGCGAUGGAAGCGUGGUGCAACCAAAAGAAUUUUGGCGGUGCAUACCUUAGCCCCCCUGUCUCGUGGAGCGGUCUGCUGAAACACAGCCCUUUCUUUGCGUCGUUGAACGGGGGAAAGGGACCGGAGUUGACUGAAGCCGCUCGUCUCAUCGGAACUGUGGACACGAUUAUUGUCAAGUCAGCAUCGUCAUCGUCGGCCAACUCAGCACCGGCAUCCAUACCGUCGAGCCCGCGGCACGGACAUCACGAUUCCUUUGGCCAUCUUGGUUCGGGCGUAUCCAGCCUGUCUCCUAACACGUCUCUGAUACUUGACAAUGCCAGCUGGCGAGGCAUUAUCAGCACUUUGACGAGAGACAUGGCACCUUCAGCAUACUUUGGACGGACAGCCGUCGUUCUCGCUUCAUCAGGUGAUGAUGCUGCGUCGAUAAUGUACGCUUUGAAGGCACUUCAGGUUGGCAAGAUAUACACAGUCGGUUUCCGAACACCCCCGGCGCUCGCUCGGGACGGGCCUGCGAUUGAACCUUUCAACAGCCUCGAAAGCCUGAAGAAAGCACAGACUGUCGGCGACGAUGCGGCUCCCUUCCUAGUCGUCUCAGCCCUGGGACCAGAGAAAAGCAACAUUGUCGGCAUGCUUGUUCGCGUCUUUGGUGCCAAUAACCAAGGAAGCUCCAAUUUCAAGAAGGUCUUCCUUGACCUCGCAGAUACUGCGGGUGCGAGGAAAGGCGGCGAUCCUAGCAUCAUCGCUCAGCAGGCCGGAUUCUCCGCAUAUGGGAGUGCUGAUACCGCUGCUUUUACGACGGUCGAGACUCUGAGGUUGCUCGUCGGUCAGAAUGUGCCCUACAGCUUCGUCAGACUGGCAAGUGGCAGGAGUUUGUUCUGA